AUGAAACCCCCCUUUUCGCCGUCUCCAGCCAAACCGGUCGUCGCAGUCGUCGGCGCCACGGGUGACCUGGGAACACGUCUGACUGGCACUUUUCUCUCAGAUGAGCUGCGCACAAGGCUUUCCGGGUUCGUGUUGAUCGCUCGUCGACACAAGGCCAGCACGCAAAGAUGGGCGGAGAGAGGCGCCGAGAUCCGAAUCAUCGAGGAGGACGCCUACGACGAGAAUGACCUGGUCAUGGCGCUGGACGGGAUCGACGUCCUCAUCAACGCCAUAUCAAUGGCAGGAGCCCAGCUUCGAGACAAUAUUGCCAGGACGUUGCCCAAGACGGCCGUGAAGCUGUAUUUUCCGUCGGAAUUCGGGGUCGACCACACGCUCCACGACUUCGACGUCCCCGAGUGGGAUGGAAAGAAGCAGCAUUACAACCUGACCAAGAACAUGGUCAAAGACACCGACGUUCAGGUCUGUAGGCUAUUCAACGGACUCUUCCUCCACAGCGGAAUCGGCCCUUGGUACGGCUUUCACACUUCCAAAGACGUGUAUCAGGCUGUUGGAAGCUUGGACCAGGUGAUUAGCUACACAGAUAUCGGUGACAUUGCAAGAGUUCUGUGUAUCCUGGCGGAGCGAAGGAUGCGCGGGGAGAAGCUGCCUGAACAACUAAGGAUUGCGGGAACGCACGCAAGUUUCCGGCAAAUCGCCCAAGUCAUGACCGCCGCGGGUGCUGGGGACAUCGACUUGAAGAGUGUGGAACUGGAGGGCUUCAGAAGGAGAGCUCUAGGUCGCCAGUACGAGGAUCGCGGUCCCAUCGUCUGCCUCAGGUUCAUCAUGGGCGACGGGAGAGCGGAUUACAGGCUCAAAGACGCAGGCGGGCUGGGAAACGAUAACCAUGUCGUUAAUCCGGGCCAGAAACAUUUUGUCUGGAAGACAAUCCAGGAUUUGGCUAUUGAAACAAACGGAAGGCCAAAUGGCAAUGCAUGA